AGGUGCCUGUUUACCCGCGCCGGACUCACCGCCGCUGCCGCCGCGGGAUCCGAGUGGGGGCGCGGGCGCAGGCGCUCCCAGCGAGCCAGGGUGGUGCUGAGUGGAGAACACACUUCCCGGCACACGCUUGACUUUUCAAAUGUGGAAUCCCAGACCUUCGUUGGUGUUGGGAAGAAGCUGACUGCCCGAACAGGGACUACAAAACAUGAGAAUCUCUGUGAGGUGACCAGCGCGUCCUGCGGCUGUUCCUCCCAGGCCGGACCUGCGGCUCGAGAACCGUCAUUUCAGAUGAAGAUCCUUGGGCCCAGGGAGAGGGAGUGACAGCCCCCGUGUGUGGCGCUCAGACGCUUGACCGCGGCAGUCGCCGGGUGUGCUGUGGAAGUUGGAGUCCCUUGCCAGAACACCCAAAUAUGGCAGACCAGAGAAUGGACAUUUCUUCAACAAUCAGUGACUUCAUGUCCCCAGGGCCCACCGACCUUCUCUCCAGCUCCCUCGGCACCAGCAGCAUGGACUGCAAUCGCAAACGGAAGGGCAGCUGCACGGACUACCAAGAGAGCAUGGACACAGACAGAGAUGACCCUCAUGGAAGGUUAGAGUACACGGAACACCAAGGAAGGAUCAAAAAUGCAAGGGAGGCUCACAGUCAGAUUGAGAAGCGACGCCGGGACAAAAUGAACAGCUUUAUCGAUGAGUUGGCCUCCCUCGUACCAACAUGCAGUGCGAUGUCCAGGAAAUUAGAUAAACUCACCGUCCUGAGGAUGGCUGUUCAGCACAUGAAAACCCUCCGAGGUGCCACCAACCCAUACACAGAAGCAAACUACAAACCCACCUUCCUGUCAGACGACGAGCUGAAGCACCUCAUUCUCAGGAAUAAGCCUUUCAGCAGAUGGUGCUUGGAAAACCGCCUCCCCUCACUGCCAUCCCUGCCCCUGGGCCAGCUUUGGAGAGGCUCGCCCCCAGCCUCCCCCUGUCCUUCUGGCUGGUGGCCCACUGUGCUCUCGGCAGCAGAUGGAUUCUUGUUUGUCGUAGGAUGCGACCGAGGGAAGAUUCUCUUUGUGUCGGAGUCGGUCUUUAAGAUCCUCAACUACAGCCAGAAUGACCUGAUUGGUCAGAGCUUAUUUGACUACCUGCACCCAAAAGACAUCGCCAAAGUCAAGGAGCAGCUCUCCUCCUCGGACACAGCACCCCGGGAGCGGCUCAUUGAUGCGAAAACCGGACUCCCCGUUAAGACAGAUAUAACCCCCGGGCCAUCUCGAUUAUGUUCUGGAGCACGGCGUUCUUUCUUCUGUAGGAUGAAGUGCAACAGGCCCUCAGUAAAGGUGGAAGACAAGGAUUUCCCCUCCACCUGCUCAAAGAAAAAAGCAGAUCGGAAAAGCUUCUGCACCAUCCACAGCACAGGCUAUUUGAAAAGCUGGCCGCCCACCAAGAUGGGGCUGGAUGAAGACAACGAGCCGGACAAUGAAGGGUGUAACCUCAGCUGCCUGGUCGCCAUCGGGCGGCUGCAUUCUCACGUCGUCCCGCAGCCGGUGAACGGGGAAAUCCGGGUGAAAUCCAUGGAGUACGUUUCUCGACACGCAGUCGACGGGAAGUUCGUGUUUGUAGACCAGAGGGCAACAGCUAUUUUGGCAUAUCUACCGCAAGAGCUUUUAGGCACUUCAUGUUACGAGUAUUUUCACCAAGAUGACAUCGGCCACCUCGCAGAAUGUCACCGGCAAGUUUUACAGACGAGAGAAAAGAUUACGACGGACUGCUAUAAGUUUAAGAUCAAGGACGGGUCCUUCAUCACAUUACGGAGUCGGUGGUUCAGUUUCAUGAACCCGUGGACCAAGGAAGUAGAGUACAUUGUCUCCACCAACACCGUUGUUUUAGUCAACGGCCUGGAAGGCGGGGACCCCAGCUUCCCACAGCUCACAGCAUCCCCCCACAGCAUGGACAGCAUGCUGCCGUCUGGAGAAGGUGGCCCAAAGAGGACCCACCCAACUGUUCCAGGGAUCCCAGGGGGCACCAGGGCUGGGGCUGGAAAAAUAGGACGAAUGAUUGCUGAGGAAAUCAUGGAGAUCCACAGGAUAAGAGGGUCAUCGCCUUCCAGCUGUGGCUCGAGCCCGCUGAACAUCACCAGUACUCCUCCCCCGGAGGCCUCCUCUCCAGGAGGCAAGAAGAUUUUAAAUGGAGGGACCCCGGACAUUCCUUCCAGUGGCCUACUACCAGGGCAAACUCAAGAGAACCCAGGUUAUCCGUACUCGGAUAACUCUUCUAUUCUUGGUGAGAACCCACACAUAGGUAUAGAUAUGAUAGAUAAUGACCAGGGCUCAAGUAGUCCCAGCAACGAUGAAGCAGCAAUGGCUGUCAUCAUGAGCCUUUUGGAAGCAGAUGCUGGACUGGGUGGCCCUGUUGACUUUAGCGACUUACCAUGGCCGCUGUAAACGCGACAGGUUGCUGCGGCAACAGUUACAGUAUCAAAGUGCAUUACUGGUGGAGCUUUACAGUCUGUGAAGACGAUUGGAUGAGGAGAGAACCGCUUUUAUGGAGUGUCUACAUAAAAGCCAUCUCAGAGCCAUCGAUACAAGUCAAUCUUCCUGUGUAACUUCAGACAAAGUGGAACUAAGCCUGCUUCCAGUGUUUCAUCAUCAUUGAUUAUUGGGCUAGCUGUGAAUAGCUUGCAUUAAUUGUAUAUUUUGGAUUCUGUUUGUGUUGAAUUUUUUAAUCAUUGUGCACAGAAGCAUCAUUGGUAGCUUUUAUAUGCAAAUGGUCAUUUCGGAUGUAUGGUGUUUUUACACUACAAAGAAGUCCUUCGUGGAUAUUUCUUAUACUAAUUGUAUCAUAAAGCCGUUUAUUCUUCCUUGUAAGAAUCCUUUCCUAUAAAUAUGGGUUAAAGUAUAAUGUAUUAGACAGUUAAAUAUUUUUAAUAAAUGUUUCCCUUGUUCU